AGUCUGAAAUGCCCCAUAAAGCCUGCAGUGAUAGUGAAGAUGUUUGGUGGGAUCCCUGUUAACCUGACCGGAAGUUCGGGUUCCCUGACAGGAAGUCGUCGGCGGUGUGUUGUUGUUGCUAGUGGGGACUGUUGUGUUGUGAAAAUGGCGACGCCUCGUCGCUCCUCUCAGCAGCAGCAGCCGAGCUCCCUGCUGUCCUCCCCGCCCCGCGGCUCCUCUCGCCCCGGCACCCCUCCCGGCUCCCCGCCGGCACUCGCCGACGAUGCCGCCCCGCUUCCUCCGCGCGUAGGCGCGAUGGAGUACGCGGCGGACGGCGAGGAAAGCCCGGCCUCUCCCACCACCGCCAACUCUCCAUCUCUGGCCCUCACCACCACCGCCACCAGGAGCAGCAGCAGCACCACCAGCAGCAGUAGCAGCAGCAGCGUUAGCUCCCCGACCACCACCGAGGGUAGCGGCACCAGCCCUGCCUCUACGCCCGAGUCGGGCAGCGGUAACCCGGGCAGCAGCAGCAGCGGCAGCGGCAGCCCUGGUGGCGGCGGCGGUGCAAACGGUGCGUUUAGGGAGCUGUUCGAAGCCUGUCGCACCGGGGACGUUUCGAGGGUGAAGAAACUUGUGGAUGUGGUGAAUGUGAACGCCAAAGACAUGGCAGGACGCAAGUCGACACCCCUGCAUUUCGCCGCAGGUUUUGGCCGGAGAGACGUGGUCGACCAUUUACUUCAGACGGGCGCUAACGUGCACGCCAGGGACGACGGGGGUCUGAUCCCGCUUCACAACGCCUGCUCCUUUGGUCACUCUGAGGUGGUGUCCUUGCUGCUGUGUCAGGGGGCCGACCCCAAUGCUCGAGACAACUGGAACUACACGCCGCUGCACGAAGCUGCCAUUAAAGGCAAGAUAGACGUCUGUAUAGUGUUGCUGCAGCACGGAGCCGACCCCAACAUCCGCAACACCGACGGCAAGUCCGCCCUGGACCUGGCCGAACCCUCCGCCAAGGCCGUGCUCACAGGCGAAUACAAGAAGGAUGAGCUGCUGGAGGCGGCGAGGAGCGGGAAUGAGGAGAAGCUCAUGGCUUUGCUCACGCCGCUCAACGUCAACUGCCAUGCGAGCGACGGCCGCAAGUCCACCCCACUUCACCUGGCGGCAGGAUACAACAGGGUGAGGAUAGUUCAGCUGUUACUACAGCACGGAGCAGAUGUCCACGCCAAGGACAAGGGUGGUCUGGUGCCUCUACACAAUGCCUGCUCUUACGGACACUAUGAAGUCACGGAGCUUCUGCUAAAGCAUGGCGCGUGCGUUAAUGCCAUGGACCUGUGGCAGUUCACCCCGCUGCACGAGGCGGCGUCUAAAAACCGAGUGGAGGUGUGCUCCCUGCUGCUGAGCCACGGGGCCGACCCGACCCUGCUCAACUGCCACAGCAAGAGCUCCGUGGACAUGGCGCCCACUCCCGAGCUGAAGGAGAGACUUACAUACGAGUUCAAGGGCCACUCGCUUCUUCAAGCGGCUCGAGAAGCUGACGUGACCAAGGCCAAGAAGACCCUGGCGCUGGAGAUCAUCAACUUCAAACACCCUCACACACACGAGACUGCGCUGCAUUGUGUUGUAGCAUCGCCUCACCCCAAAAGGAAACAGGUGACGGAGCUGCUGUUGAGGAAAGGUGCCAACGUUAAUGAAAAGAAUAAAGAUUUCAUGACUCCUCUCCAUGUGGCUGCGGAGCGAGCUCAUAAUGACAUUAUGGAGGUGCUACAGAAACAUGGCGCGAAGGUGAACGCCUUGGACACGCUGGGUCAGACGGCGCUGCACCGCGCUGCGCUGGCGGGCCACCUCCAGACCUGCAGGCUGUUGCUAGGAUACGGGGCGGACGCCUCGCUGGUGUCGCUACAGGGUUUCACCGCUGCUCAGAUGGGAAAUGAAGCUGUUCAGCAAAUACUCAACGAGAACGUGCCGGUGAGAAACUCGGACGUGGACUACAGACUUCUGGAAGCUGCUAAAGCCGGAGACCUGGACACGGUCAAGUCACUGUGUACGGCUCAGAAUGUGAACUGCAGAGAUCUGGAGGGACGACACUCCACCCCCCUUCACUUUGCUGCCGGAUACAACAGAGUGUCCGUGGUGGAGUACCUGCUGCACCACGGGGCCGACGUGCACGCCAAGGACAAAGGGGGUCUGGUUCCCCUCCAUAACGCCUGUUCGUACGGCCACUACGAGGUGGCCGAGCUGCUGGUCAGACACGGGGCCUCGGUCAACGUCGCCGACUUGUGGAAGUUCACGCCGCUCCACGAAGCCGCCGCCAAGGGCAAAUACGAGAUCUGCAAACUGCUGCUCAAGCACGGAGCGGACCCCACCAAGAAGAACCGAGACGGGAACACGCCCCUGGACCUGGUGAAGGACGGGGACACCGACAUCCAGGACCUGCUCAGGGGAGACGCCGCCCUGCUGGACGCCGCCAAGAAGGGCUGCUUGGCCCGGGUGCAGAAGUUGUGUAGCCCCGACAACAUCAACUGUCGGGACACGCAGGGACGCAACUCCACCCCGCUGCACCUGGCAGCUGGCUACAACAACCUGGAGGUAGCAGAGUAUCUGCUGGAACAUGGAGCCGACGUGAAUGCGCAGGACAAAGGAGGGCUCAUACCUUUACACAAUGCUGCUUCAUACGGGCACGUGGACAUCGCCGCCCUGCUGAUCAAGUACAACACAUGCGUCAACGCCACAGACAAGUGGGCGUUUACUCCCCUUCACGAAGCGGCCCAGAAGGGGCGCACUCAGCUCUGCGCUCUGCUAUUGGCCCAUGGAGCCGAUCCCACCAUGAAGAACCAGGAGGGACAGACGCCGCUGGACCUGGCAACGGCUGAUGACAUCAGAGCAUUGCUGAUUGACGCCAUGCCACCAGACGCCCUGCCAAGCUGCUUAAAACCACAGGCCACUGUGGUCAGUGCGAGCGUGGUGAGCACAGGUGCGGUAGGGGGCGUGGUCAUCUCUCCCUCGCCGACCCCAUCCUGCCUGUCUGCGGCCAGCAGCAUAGACAACCUGACCACAGCCCUGAGUGACAUCACGGCGGGCGGGGCCACCGGACCCGCAGACGGAGCGUCUGGGUCGGACAGGAAGGAAGGGGAAUCUCUGCUUGACAUGACCAUCAACCAGUUCUUGAAGAGCCUGGGCCUGGAACACCUCCGAGAUAUCUUCCAACGUGAACAGAUUUCUCUGGACGUGUUGGCAGACAUGGGUCACGAGGAGCUGAAAGAGAUCGGCAUCAACGCUUACGGCCACAGACACAAACUCAUCAAGGGCAUCGAGAGGCUGCUGGGAGGCCAGCAAGGUGGGAACCCGUACCUGACGUUCCACUGCUCCAGCCAGGGCACCGUGCUGAUCGACCUGGCACCGGACGACAAAGAGUUCCAGUCUGUGGAGGAGGAACUACAGAGCACUAUCAGAGAACACCGCGAUGGAGGUAACGCAGGCGGAGUCUUCAGCCGGUACAACAUCAUUAAGAUCCAGAAGGUGGUGAACAAGAAGCUACGGGAGAGAUACGCGCACAGGCAGAAGGAAAUCGCGGACGAGAAUCACAACCACCACAACGAGCGCAUGCUCUUUCACGGAUCUCCCUUCAUCAACGCCAUCAUCCAUAAGGGCUUUGACGAGCGCCACGCCUACAUCGGUGGCAUGUUUGGCGCCGGCAUCUACUUUGCUGAGAACUCCUCCAAGAGCAAUCAGUACGUGUAUGGGAUCGGUGGCGGCACGGGAUGUCCCACCCACAAAGACCGCUCCUGCUACGUGUGCCACAGGCAGAUGCUGUUCUGCAGAGUGACGCUGGGGAAGUCGUUUCUUCAGUUCAGUGCGAUGAAGAUGGCCCACGCGCCGCCGGGACACCACUCGGUGAUCGGCCGACCCAGCGUCAACGGACUGGCGUAUGCGGAGUACGUCAUCUACAGAGGGGAACAGGCCUACCCGGAGUACUUGAUCACCUACCAGAUCGGGAAGCCGGAGAGUCCGGCCACGCCUGCGGCCACAGCCGAGCAGAAGUCUUAAAACACCGUCUCAACCGGAUCCAGACUCGGCCGGACUGCAGUGGACUAAACCCGCGUUCUUAAGAGAAGCCAGAACUGAACUAGCCUGCGUUUCAAAGUCUCCAGAGAUUGAACUCGGGGUGGGAGAGGUGGAGUGUCGGAGCAGGCGGACGAUCCUCGGAAUCAGACAUCAACGUGUCUAAACAGAAGGAAGAAAAGAGGACGGGGUCUUUUUGAGUUUCGGGGGUGUGAUACAUGCACAGUCCAAAGCAGCAAGAGAGCAAAAAAAAAAUCUAUCAGGUUCUGUAAUUAAUUGGAUCUAAUUUUCCAAGACAAAGGGCAAAUGGUUUGAUCGAUGUGUCUGGAAAUGUACCAGUAAGCUAAGUUGUAAAUUUGCCGGCCUGUGGUUUGAUUCUAAAAACAAUCUAGAGAGCAAUUAGACCAGGACACAGUCGAAAGCAAAACCAACGGGCCCCAUGAUUUUGCACCUUUGCACCACUCAUGUAUUCCAUCCCCAGCUUUUAAAAAAUGUGUCGUUUCGAUAUCGUGUCCUCCUUGGGCUUUGUGCAUCAUCCACGGCAACACAACAACACCCCGAGCCUUUUUAUCCAGAAAACAGCAGUUGUCGCGUCGAGAGAACAGGAAUCCAGCGUGGCCUCUGUUGCAGCUUGUCACUUUUUUUUUCUACCAAUGAGGCUCAUGUACACAAGAAACAUUUCCCCAUGUCUGCUCGCAUCCUUCCCGCCUGCAAACACGGAGGGACGCCGUGUAGCGAGCGUGAGCACGGAGACGUGAAAGAGAUUACUGUGGACAAAAUGCCCAGAAGUCAAUAAGCAGAAAACACAAACAGAGGACCACAAUCCACUGCAGCUCCCAGUGCAGUUCACUACCGGGACCCACCUCCUGCAGCCGCCAGUCACACGGACCCACCUCAUGAUCCAGACAGUGAAGCAGUAACCAGUGGCAUAGGCGAGACACCUGUCAAUCAAGCCAACAUGCCCCUAAACACACCAAUCUGAGCCUUAAUUUCUUCAUAAUGGAACAGAUGUUUUUUUUAAUUUGCCAGCAAUACACAUGAAAACAAAGUCUUGUGUUACUACUGACAGUUUAGUUUUGGUUUUCUUAAAACUCAGUUUUAAUAUUAAAGGGGCAGUAAGCGAUUUUGGAGAAAACUUGUUUCAGCGCCACUGGCGCGUCUCUUAAGGCGCCGACGACUGAUGUUUACAAACUGCACUCGCCGUGUCGUGUGGUCCGCGCCGUUUUUUUUGUUAGAACUGACAGCUAGUGAGCCGUGAGGAAAUAUUCGCUGAUUUUUACAAAACUUGUGUUGCUUUAGAAUCGCUCACUGCCCCUUUGACAUGGUGGCUGCUGCUCAUUCCAGCCCAGCUAGUGUUAAACUAGACCAAACUCUUUUACCAGAACCAGGAGAACCACCCGGGACCAGGUUGUGACACUCCUAUUAUAAAAGUACAUGCGUGAACACACUGUUACAAGUCACUCAAAGCUGCAUUCGACGACUCUUAACUACUACAAAAACAGUCGGGGCGUUUACAGCUGAUGCGUAUGUUUACCGACCCCAGGUCACCUGAUAAACAAGGGCCCAAAAACAAAUCACCCCGACUGGGUCGGACAUGUUUCUAAAGUUGCUACAGGAGAUGGUUUAUGAAAGGUGGGCUCCUCAGAGUGUUGAUGUGAAAACUGUGGCGAUCUUGAUCUCGUCUGGUUGCAGCUUCAACAUUCAACACCUCUCUUCUUGUGUUUUUUAAUUCAUUGUUGUUUUUAAUGUCUCUCAGAAGGGCCCCACGUUUCCCCUGUGUUGUUGUUGUUGUUGUUGUUGUUGUUGUUUACUUGAACCUGCUGCCUUCUGGCCCCUUUCCUCUCUACCUGGAAACUUGUCGAUGCCUCCUAGUGGUGCAACAGAGGAAGUGGCUGACUUGCGGUAUUGAAUUGAAGAGCACAUCCAGUAUAGUAUGUUAUUAUUUUCUACACCGUGAUAUUUGUUUGUUUUUUUCUUCUUUAUUUACACUUUUUAUUGUUUCAUCAUCUUUAAUCUCUUGCGUUUACACUCCUCAAAACAUUAAGAAAAUGUGAAGUGAGCUUUGUCACAAAAGAUACAUUACCAGAAAUCUGCAGCUUGACUGAAGUGGAGGAUAAACGCAUCUUGUCGUACAUAAACAUGAGCUAUAAUUGUUUGAAACAAACAUUUAUGCCGACACCUUCGUGUACGACAGACAACAGCAUUAUCUAACUCCUCACACUACAGUAUGUACUGUGAGCUUGAACUGAUGUUUUCUUUUUUUAACUACUCUGCCAUGUUUUUCCUGUCGAUAUUUUUAUUAUUUAAGUGUAUUAUCUUUAAUUGAUGACACUGUACACUACAACGGGACCACGCAUGAGUUCAGUUUCUUUAAUGUCGAUCGCGUCAGUGCUGAAGGUCUCGGGAAUGGAAAUGAAAGUGGCCUUAAUCGUUUUUGAACAUAAAAACAUUGCCUUUGAUUCCUUUGCAAACUCGUGAUGGAGGUCAACCCAAAUCAAACAGUAGCAGGGAGUUUGCUCGUUUAUAUAUCUGCUUGUCAAAAAGGAUUUCUCCAGCUGGGAACGCUGUGUUUUAAUUUGAACACAAAAGCAAAUUGACUCUAGACUAACAAAGCUGCUCCGGCGUUUAAUUUCAGUUUAUCCGGACGUUGCAGUUGUCUGCCACUCAAACUCAGAUUUCAGCCGAUUUGCACUUUCAAGGGGAAGGUGAAGAUGACGCUGGUCUGAGUCCAAACAAACGUUCGAUCCUCGUGAGUGUCAACUGAGCCUGAAAUCUCUGAUUCGGUGAGGAGUCGGCUCUCAGCUCCAAAUAGCCGCUUAAACGCUCAAACUAAUGAACUUAACCUUUCCGUCGCACACUGUGAUGUUUCCACGUCGGCCUUUCCUCCUCUCAGUUUUGCAGCCCACGCGUUAGAUAGCAGUGUUUCACAUCCCGAUAGCAAAUGGACGAUAACAGAAAUUAUUUCUGCGGCUUCACAUGUCAACAAAUUACAAAGUGAUUCACUGCGGGGGAGGAAAUGCAUUAAAACGGAGAAAUUAAAAUGAGUACGUAGACAAAACAACAACUGAUGACUACAGCAGAAAAACUAAUAGGCUUGAAAUGAUAUUGUAAUGCCAAGAAGUUUUUUCCAAAUGGAAAAUUAAAAGAGCACAGAGGACACACCGUGUACGAUUAUAUAUCCCUAUGUCAAGUAUGUUUUUAUUUCUCAGAGCUCAAUUUUACAAAGCUCAGAUUAAAGUUUAACAAACGUUUUCGGAGACGAGCUAAACAUUUUCCCAUUUUAACGCCUUUUGCGACAUCUCUGAUCCAGAGCGAACUUUUCGGGUGAGGUGGAAGCAUCACCGUCGGGCAGACGGAUCAGGUGGCGGUCAACAGCACCGUCGGAUCUAUUUGCCAUUGGGCUUUGUUUUAAAUGAGACUGUAUAUAAACUAACUCCAGAUGGGCCUUUUAAUGGAUCAUUUUGAGUUCUUGUUUGUUUGUUUUUAGUUUUUCAAAGACUUAUCUGAUGAUAACCAUCUGAAUUUGUGUUUUUAGCUGGUCUGUCUCCACUUAUCUGUAUCGAGAGCCAGGCCGCCAUCUUUUCUUGUAAAUAGUUUGAAGAGUGUGUGCGUUGCGUGCGUGCCAGCGGCUUUUUUCCUAACAGAAGCCACGUAAGUUGAAUUAACACAUUUUUUCAACAUCAGUUGCGUUUGACCUCCUGUUGUACAGAGCUGCUGACCAGCUGACAUGGAACUGACACACGCCUCACUCCUGUACAGAAGAAAAACAUUAAUAAAAAGAACUUAUAAAGUG